AUGUCGGUGAGAAAUCGUACAGCAGCCGGUCCCGACAGAAUAAAACCAGAACACCUGAAGAACCUUCCGCCAGUACUCAUCAACACCCUGGCGAGGAUCUUCACACGUUACCUGUCGGAAUGCAAGGUCCCUAAACAGUGGAAGACCAGCAAGACCGUGUUGCUGUAUAAAAAGGGAGAUCCACAUGACAUCGGCAACUAUCGCCCAAUCUGCUUACUGUCCGUCAUCUACAAGCUCUUCACAAGAGUGAUCCUUAAUAGGAUUGAAAAGGUCUUGGAUGAAGGACAACCAUGCGAGCAAGCAGGGUUUCGAAAAGGAUUCAGCGUGAUCGACCAUAUUCACACUGUUUCGAGACUCAUCGAGGUAUCACGAGAGUACAAGAUGCCGCUCUGUCUCACUUUCAUCGACUUGAAGAAGGCCUUUGACUCAGUUGAGACGGAAGCGGUCGUGGAAGCCUUGGACAACCAAGGCGUUCCCACUCAGUACAUAAAGGUGCUUCGAGAGUUGUACAGUAACUUCACGACCGGAAUCUCGCUAUUCUACAAGAACAUCAUCAUUGACGUGAAGAGGGGGGUCCGACAGGGUGAUACAAUUUCACCCAAAAUAUUCACAGCUACCCUUGAGAACGCAAUGCGAAAGUUGGAAUGGGACGACAUGGGAGUGAAGAUCGAUGGUCGGCAGCUACACCAUUUGCGCUUUGCUGAUGACAUCGUACUGAUAACACCUAGCAUCAGCCAAGCGGAACGAAUGCUGACCGAAUUCGCCGAAACAUGUGGAUGCAUCGGUCUUGAGCUGAAUCUUCAAAAGACGAUGUUCAUGCGGAACGGAUGGAUCUCGGAUGCCCCAUUCACGCUCAACGGAACGAACAUAUCCGAAUGCACCAGCUACGUCUAUCUGGGUCGGGAAUUGAACAUGAUGAACGACCUGGCCCCCGAGCUGGGCAGGAGGAGAAGAGCGGCUUGGGGAGCGUACAAGAGCAUCGAGGACGUAGUGAAGAAGACCAAGAACACCCGGCUCCGUGCUCACCUCUUCAACACCACCGUACUUCCUGCUUUGACCUAUGCCUCAGAAACCUGGGCACUUCGCAAGCAGGAAGAAAACGCGGUGAGCGUCAUUGAACGCGCAAUUGAGAGAGUGAUGCUAGGAGUAUCCCGUUUCAAGCAAGUGAGAGACGGGAUUCGAAGUUCUCUCCUACGUCAGCGAUCGAAGAUCAGAGACGCCGCCGCGUUUGCCAAGGAAAGUAAAAUAAGGUGGGCCGGACACGUGAUGCGCUUUAACGACAACCGUUGGACCAGAGCCGUGAGCGACUGGAUUCCCCGCGAUAUUAAGCGCAAUACAGGAAGACCGCCGACCCGAUGGUCAGAUUUCUUCACGAAGUCCUUCAAAGAAAAUUACGAUGCUCUUCGUGUCCCACGCGAAAGGAGGAACCACUGGGCUACUCUGGCACGCGACCGGGACAAAUGGAAGAAUUACUGGCGCCCGCUCGACCGGUUCGAAGACCAACGGGAGUCAAGGUGA